AAGGCUUUUCAAGAUGGCGGCUCUUCCGCAAAAGAAGUACUACCGCCAAAGAGCGCACGCCAACCCCAUGGCGGAUCACACACUUGAAUAGUGAGUAGCCUUUGAUUAACAUGAUUUAUAUGCUAGUUUUUGCCAAACCAUUUUCGGUUUAUCCCCGUAAGGAGGUAAAAAACCUGCCAUCAACCACUAACACUAAAACUGGGUCUGAGGAUCCCAUGCCAAGAGUUUGGCGAAUCCCACUUCCCGAGUAAGGGUCAAAUCCCGUACCUCGUCAAAAAAGUUUGUUUUUUCCCGAAUCCUGCAGUAUUCUUUUGGUCAAAUCCCGGAUCCCGAGAAUAAUCUGCCAGAACCUGCUAAAAGCCAUGAGUGAUGCAUGUAGGGGACAUUCCAUUUUUUAUCCGCACCCCCGCCCCCCCUAAAGAUGACUAGAAUCCGAACCCUCCAAUUUAUGUCGACGUUCUAUGAAAAAUGAAAUUCAAAGGGUUCGUUCUCUGUGUGCUCCUUUGAAAAAUUUGUCUGAAGGGUCAAAAUUUUGUGGGCUUUUUGGAAGAAAAAAUCUGAACUCCCCCCCCCCCCUAUUCCUUAGGGGCGUGUGGAUACAAAAAGGAACGUCCCUAGGCUGAAAUGGUAGAAAAGUAAUGAUGUUUCUGCACAACCCCUUAUUUUCUCUUAUUCCUAUAUUUUUUACUCAAACUCUAUAAACACUUGCGAGUUAUAUCAGGCUAAUUUUACCCUCUUGUAUGUGUACUAGUGAGAUUAAUCACAUGCUGGAAAUAAUACUGUAAAAUUUGACACCAGUGUGGUUGGGUGUCCUGUAUCUAUAGCAUUCCUUUGUGUUAACUUAUAUAUCACAGUGCAGCAUUAUAUUUGACACAUUUAGUCCAGAUUAGAGAAGUUUACUGUUACUGUUCUAAGCAUUAGGAAAAUACCAAGACAAGACAAGACAAGAUGAUUUAUUAAACAAUGCAAUCAGCCUUUAGGUCAGGACACUCAGCUGAAAAAGCCUUGAUCAGACUCACGGAUCAGAUUCUAAAAAACAUGGAUAAUGACGAAUGACAUGCAUGGUGGUUGUCUGGUGAAGGAUGUUGAAGUUUUGAAAUGAUUGUUUAAGGUUGAUUAAAAUUAACAACAUUAUUUCCUCUCUUGCUGUUUCUAGCCCUGUUUCACCAGAUGCCAUGGAUUGGCAUAGUUUGUUUCCCGCUUUCUUUCCUGAGAAGGUUGAAACAGAUGAAAUCACACAUUCAAGGUGCUCAAAAGUAGAGUUUGCAGACAUUGGCUGUGGUUAUGGUGGCUUGCUAGGUGGGACAAUAAAUAAUGCUAAGUGGCAUGUUUUCACUCUCUGUUAGCUGUAUUAGUGCAAUAAAUGAUAACAACAUAAUCCUAAUACUUGCCUACCUGUUGGUUAAUUUGUCUUUUUUGUCCUUUUCUUGUUUUUAGUUGACCUGUCACCAAUGUUUCCAGAAACUUUGAUGGUUGGAAUGGAAAUAAGACUCAAGGUCUGAAAUGAGAUAAUCUGUUCUCUGAAACAAAGUGCUAGAGUUUGUUAUUAAAUAGUUACUGAAUUAGUCUAGCCGCUCUCCUUCGCAGUCCUUAUUUCUUAUCAGAGGUGGCCUCUAAUUGUAAUUGUAAUUGUAAUUAUCUUAUUAUCCACUCCCCUCAGGGCUUUUCAGGGAUAAUUUACAACACUGGUUGGGGGACUUUGCCAGACUGCUUAAGAUGCAGUUUACAAGUACUGAAGGAAUGAGUGAUGAUGCCCCCAUAUAUGAGUGUGAAAGUCAGAUAGACCACUACACCGGGCACUACGUGCCCUACACUUUACGAAGAGUGUGUGGGUUCUUUAACGUCCCACAGAUAUAUUACAUGUGCAAGGGCUUGUGAGACGGGGCCUACGGUUUAUCGUCCUUAUCCGAGAAGACUAGAAAGUCUAACCAUUUGCAGAUGUUAUUACAAAGGCAGCACUUUCUCCUCAGUUAUUUAAAGAACCUGAGUGUUGGUCCGGCCGGGGCUUGAACCUACGGCCUCCCGCUCAGCAGACCGGCGCUCUCCCAACUGAGCUAACCGGGCCUCUCCUCUAAGCCUGGUGGUUUCUUGAAGUCUCCUUGCCCAACAACAUGCUGUAUUCUGUAAAAUUCAUUUUAUCAAUCAACGCUAAUAAAUGAUGAUGAUUAUGAAUCCUACUCAUAGAUAUAAUAUUCAAUUACAACAAUAAUAAAAAUUGUCGUAGUGUUCAUCAUCAUCAUCUACUGCUUAUCCUGAUGGACGUCGCGUCUUUGACCACACAGGGGAAACGACUUUUGUUUCCGUUGUUGUCAGUCUCAGAUUGUUGGGAUUAGUUGUUUCAGAAAGUAGGGUCCCUAGUCUUUCUUUCCUAGGCCAUAUCUUUACAAGAUAGCUUGCUCCAACCAGUGUCCAAGGUAGAAGGAUCCUAUGCCUGAUGCCAGUUAUGGGAGCCAACACUAUGGAUUAUGACAUCGGGUGCCUCCUCAACAACAUCCAUCACCUGCUGCCAUGACUUCAUGUAACCAUGAUCGGGGGGCUGACCGGGUACUACACCAUGCUCACAGGUGACCCAUAGGCUAGCGGAGGGAAGGAAUUGAAUUACUUCUCCUGUUGGUAGAGGAUACCCCUACCCCACUAACCUAGUUGUAGUGUUAGGUAAAAUAUAAUGUUUCUGCUUUUUCAAGUCUAGGUCAGUGACUAUGUGAGUGACAGAGUAACAGCUUUAAGGAAAGCUCACCCAGGCAAAUAUCAGAACAUUCACGUUAUCAGAACAAAUGCUAUGAAGUAUCUUCCAAACUACUUUCACAAGGGACAGGUGAGUCAGAAAACCUCCAACUGACACACUUUUUGCUAGAGAGUGAAAGCCUCCAAAAAUUAAGAACAGUCGAUGGUGGUCUUUGUUGGUGAUGAUGAUGAAAUGGGGGAGGUAGUGAUGAUGAUGGUGAUAAUGAUGAUGACAGAUCAGAAUGAUCACAGUCGUACAUGUUGAAACGACAUUACCUCAUUGUAAUGUUUAGGCUGAUGAUAAUGGAAGUAACAAAAUUACAACCAAACCUCUCCACAACAGUGAUGAAUAGUUUUAUCAUGCAUAACACGGCUAUUUUCUAAUGGUUUUAUUGUAAAUUCGCGGCUAUUUUCUUAAAUUUCAUGACGUAGUAUCUUUGUUCCUUUGUUUUAUUUAUUUACUGUUAUUGAUUUAUAAUAGUUAGUCUUAGUAUUCAACGUAUUGUACAGUCCGUAAUCCAGCCCUUGGGUUGCAAUGGAUUUUUAAUAACGCUAUCUAUCUAUCUAGCUAUCUAUCUAUCCAGUUAUUUUGGGGACAGAAGAAAGUGGCCAUUGUGUUGAGGUGACCAUUAUGGGGAGGUAGGGGUGUUAUAAGACAAUUCUUUUUUGAGGAGUACAACAGGAUUUUUUCAAACCAUAUAUAAUGUAUACACAAAAACUUGAAUUAUGUCUUGAAUCAACAUGUUAACGUGACAAAAUAAGCAAGGUUUGUGACAUUCACUAUCAAUUUUUGCUUACUGCAGCGGUAUAAAUGAAGCAAAAUCAAAAUAUGAUUGCUGCAAUUGAUCAUAAACGUGCCAAUUCAUGACCACUUUUUAAAGUUUUUCAUCAGUUGCUGAAAAAAACUGGCCACUGUCAAGAGGUUAUUUUGGCAGUUGGGGACGUGCAUUAGUAGCCAUUGCUGUCAUAGAGAGGUGGCCGUUGUCUAGAGGUUAAAAUAAGAGUAAAUGUGUGGACUGUCCGCCAGGACAAAAUAAAGUGGCCAUUGUGAAGAAGUGGCUGUUAGUGGAGGUUCAACUGCAUGUAGUUAUGACUUAAGGCACUAACCCUUUUCUUAUAAUCUAAUAUGCAACAAUACUUAUUUCAUUUUUGCAGCUUAAAAAGAUGUUUUUCUUGUUUCCUGAUCCACAUUUUAAACAAAAGAAGCACAAGUGGAGAAUAAUCAGGUGAUAAUAUCAUUUUAUCCUUUUUUUAUUUCACAUAAGAUUGUCAUUGUCCACAAAGUAAUGUUAGCACUUUAUUUAUUCUGUUGUAUUCAGGGAAUUGAGCCAAUAAUAAUAUUUUCUUUUUAGUCCCACCUUGCUGGCUGAAUAUGCAUAUGUUUUGGCAGUUGGAGUAAGUAAAACAGCAGUAAUCUUUUUAUUUAUUAUUCGUUUAUUUUUUGUUUGAUUUGUUCAAUAUUGUGUUUAAGGUUACAUUAAUAUUUUGAUAGUACUUAAGAAAUAAUUAUUACACUAUUGAACAGGAAGUCUCAUUUCUUUCUGGGCUUUUUGAGGAGACUCCUUGUCAAUUUGCACCAAUUUCGUUUGAUUACAUAGACAAUUUUGGCGGAGAAAAUAAGGUUUUACAUCAUCAAUACUAUAUAUAGGUGCUUACAGGGAAUAUAUCAAUAAAAUAUUGUACAAGUGUGGAAUCACUGUUUCAUUCUACCCCUUCACCCAUAAUAAAUAAGAAUUAGCAAGCGUUGAAUUUACUUGUCCCGAAAAUUCAAACUGGUGUCUCCUUCUUCCUGACAGUAAUUUAUUUUUGAAAUUCCAAAACAAUUUCACAGCUGAAUUUUGACCGACUUUUAGUUACGGACUUCUGCUCCAACGAUUUUUCUGAAAUUCCUCUGGCAUAUUUAUUAUAUCAAUUAAAGCCGAUACCAGAAAUUUCAGUAAAAAAUAUCAGCAAAAUUUUUUACUAGACGCGAUUUUCUUUGAACAGUAGGGUCCUUUUAAGCGCUAAUUUCUCAAGAAAUAUUUACCAUCAAUGAAAUCGGAAUAGUUCGUAUUAUUGCCGAAUGAUAUCUGUUGUAAUUUGCAAAGUUUCGCAGCCAUUGCGUUAAAAUCGAAAAAGUUAUGACGGAAAAUUUGUCACAGCUAAAUGCUCUUGUGUUAAUCACGGAGCCACCUUAACUGCAAUUAACUCUCCAUAAUGUCAGGUCUUCUCAUAGUAAAAGGCUGAAGUUGAGUGCCAUUUUUUGGUCCUCAGAAUAGACAGAAUGUACUUUAAUUACUCUUUAUUUUUAUCAUGAUCUUUUUCUAUUAUAUAUAUAUUUUAAUUCUUUUAAAACUAUUGACCACUAUAAUAUAUAUAUUAUACUGUACAUAAUUAUACUAUGUAAAUGCAUUGUAGUUUUAUGACAACCACCAUUGUUAUAUUCCUAGACUUUCACUCAGCUAAACAGGGACUGCCAUUGGUUGAUUCUUGGUCACGCGGCCUUGACUAAAAUCAAAUGUAUCCCGAUCGUGAUACAUUAAGGGAUGCACCAUUAGAAAUGUGAAGGGGGGGGGAGUCCAAAAACAAAAAAAAAAAUCCUGCAAAACAAAAUUUUAAGAAAAAAAAAUCCUGCAUUGCAACGAAACCAGAAAAAAAUAUCCUGCUUGGAUAACCAAUGUGACUGCGACAAUAUAUUACACAGUCUGAAAAAUAAAUCUGUGAUCUGUAACAGGAAAUCCCUUCCCCAACUUCCUAAAUUCAUGUCAAACUACAUUUCAGGCAGAAAAAACAAUUUCUACUGGCUAAAUAGAGAUUUCAAUUUGAACCAACUCUGAUGCCCUUGAUCUCUAUAGCUGCCAUAGUAUUAAAUUAAGAGACUGUGGUGAUAAUUGUUUAACUUUAUAAAUUAAAUAAACUUUUUAUUGAAAUACUUUUGUUUUAAUGGGAUUAAAGUGAGAUUGUGUUAACAACGUCAAUAGUUCCACUUGCACGCAAGUUUAUGGAGUUGGUGUUGUACAAUAUGCGUUGCUACUUGAAUCCAUAAAGUUUACAGCUAUAAACAAAAGUAGAUGUCCCAAAAACACCAAUCACACUGCAGAUCCCGCUGCAUUUAAAAGUAUUAAGAAUAUUAUUUACCCAAACUAACACAAAAUAUUUUGAAUGCUUUGCAAAACCAUAAAUAGAAAUGGUGCAUUCUAAUAAAAACUUGAACCUAAACAUAUGGGCCACAGACAUAUGGUAGGAUUUAGAGGAAAUGUUCUUCAAGUUCUUCCUCUGUAUCCCAGUCCUCGCCUGAUGAAGACUGACAUGCUGGCUGCAGUUUUACUUCUUCUUUUUCUUCUUCUUCUUCUUCUUCUUCUUCUUCUUCUUCUUCUUCUUCUUCUUCUUCCUUUUCUUUCUGUUUUUCUGUCUCUUGUCUUCCCUCAGGUUCUUUCUCUGUGUUCCAGUCCUUGCAUGAUAAGGACUGAGAUGCUUGCUUUCCUUCUUUCUGUUUCUCUGUUUCUUGUCUUCCCUCAGGUUCUUUCUCUGUGUUCCAGUCCUCGCCUGCUUGAAAUUUCUUCUUUUGUUUUUCUUUAUUUUCCUUUAGAGCAUUCUUCUUCCUCUUUCUUCGCAAUACUUUACUUUGGGUAAAACACCGUUUGAUCUGCUUGUGUAGCUGUUUCAACUGCCACUGAACUCAGUUCGGACGUUUGAACGUAUAGAUUACUUCAUGGGCAGCGGGCGUGCGGUAUUUACGCACGAGAGUUGGUUCGCAUCAGAAAUUGAACGAGCAAGGCUUUGCGAGUGAGAUCCAGAAAGCGAGAGAGAUUUAUCUGACAUACAAUGCGAAAAAAAAGUCAUGUCUAACACUGCACGUGUUUAGGUGUCCUAUUACAUUAUGUACUAAACAUCUGUGACUGGACGAAACGCUUUUUUUCACGUGUGUGAAAGUCGUUUCGCCAUUCUGAUUGGCUGCGAACCCUGAACAGGGUUUUCACACGCCAAAUUUCAAUAGAAAAUCUCAAUUAGUAUGAAAAAAAUAUACUUAAAACAAACGUGUUCUGUUGGAACACUACAACAAAAAACAUUUGCGCGGUUGAAACAGUCUAGUAAAACAAGACCAAAAGAGGGCAUAGUCAUUUUGGAAAAAAAAAAUCGUGCAAGGGUUUGAAGGUUGAAAAAAAAAUCCUGCACUCCUGCUGGUUGUGAAAAAAAUAACAUGCCUUUCCAGAAAGUCCUACCCCCCCCUUCACAUUUCUAAUGGUGCAUCCCUAAACAAUGUAUCCCGCUCGGGAUACAUUGCAGCACGUGAUCAAAGCAUGGUGGAAAGUGGCGUGACAGAAGGCGGGAAAAACACCGCCAGGUCCAGCCAGUUUUCUUUUUCGUGAAUGAACACAACAACACAAAAACGAAGCCUCAAGCUAAAAAGCAACGAUUUUUAAAGUUAUCCCAGAAGUUCCCAGAAGAAAAACAGCAGCUAGUGGAGGAAAAAGAUGCAGAUAAUAUGAGGAAAGUACUUUUGUUUGUAAAUCAUUCAUUCAGUGGUUUUGAGAAUUAAAUUUGUGUUGUUAUAAGUACCGAGUCGACUGUUUUGGUUCGCUCCGGUUAUUCUUUUGUUGCUGUUGAAGUGAAAGUCUAGAAAUAUAACAAAACACUUAAUGUCAGGUCUCUCGGGAAACCAGUUAGUUUUGUUUUCCCUCGAGUCCUGAUGUUUCCCUCGACUUCGUCUCGGGAAACAUCAGGACUCUUGGGAAAACAAAACUAACUGUUUCCCUCGGGAUCUGACAUUAAGUGUAUAAUUAACAAUUAUUCUUUGAAAUCGAGGUGAAUAGUGGCAAAAUAUUUACCGAGCCGCGAAAGCGGCGAGGUAAAUAUUCCCAAAGCCACUAUUCACCGAGAUUGAGAAGAAUAAUUGUUUUAGUAUAUACACACGAAGUGAUCUCAACAAAAUCAGAAAGGAAACCAUUCAAAAGUAGGAUUUGAUUGACAGAUCAAAUCACGCGUAAGUUUAAAAAUAGAUCUUUGCAGAAUUUUCAAACAUGGCAAUUCACAAGUUUACUCAUUUCGCAAACAACAGCGCAAUGGCUUCAAUGGAAUCGCUAAAAGUUUGAACUGUUUCCUUACCUGAGAAAAAAAGUAGAGCUGUGUUGUUUUCUGUUGACUCGCCAAGUUUAUAGCCAAAAGGGCAUGUUGUGUCGUUCUUCGCAUGAAGUGCUGACAAAAAUGGCGGCUCGGUUGCUCGAGGUAAGAGGUCGUCUUCCUGUAUCAUUCUUUUUCCUGUUUACUUGAAAUGUAGAAUUUCUGCAAACAUUUCCUUUUAAAUUUGUUUGCCAUAAAUAAACUUCGAUUUUUGAGCCAAAAUUUUCUUCUUAGAAAACGCUGAGUUAACGAAACGGCUUCUUCUACGCGAAUACACGGGAGUUGUAAACAAUCCAUCGAGCACAAAACUCCUGCUACAGUAAAUUGAAAAACGCCGUACUGAAUCCUUCCAAGUCUUUUCUUGCCUUAAAAAAAGUCAGCCCUAGGAUUUUGUCGACUUUUAAAAGAUCGUUCUCUAAAAAAAACGGGAAAAACACCGAGCUCACACAUUAUCCACUCGCUAGGAGGUGAAUAUUGUUGAAUAGUCCGAGAUAGCGAACCAAUCAGAUUGCUUAAAUCACCAAGAUCACUGAGUGUGUAUAUACUAAUGUCAAUUAUGUGUCUGCGUUGUCCCUUAUCUAUAAAUCACGCUUUUUAACGAGUAAUUAAUAAAAAUUACUAAGUAGAUACAAACUAGAUUGUGUCUGGUUAGUAUUCUUCUAUUUAUUGCUUUUUUCUGUAACAAUAUUUUUUUCUCUCUUAUUGUGGCCAUCUCGACUAGUUCAGAAGCUGAUUAUGGCCAUAAAGCAUUGUCCUUUUAUAAAUGGAAGAUGAUAAAGUUUCAAGCGGUAUUUGUUGUUGUUGUUGACAGUAAAGAACAAUGCUUUGUUGUUUCUGUCUUUUAGGGUCUUGUGUACACAAUAACUGAUGUACCUGACUUGUGUGAUUGGAUGAAAAAACACUUCACAGAACAUCCAUUGUUUGAAGAAGUCAAAGAAGAUGAGCUGGUAAAAAAUGCGUUUUGUAUCUAGCCCUCCCCAGCCACCUUAACAUGCAUCAUUAGAAUUUAUCAUUCACUGCUUUCUCAAAAUUGGGCCAGGCUGUUCUAAAAAGGAUUAUGACAACCCUGGACCAGUGCAAACUUUUUUAUUCAAUUACACUUUUUUUCUAUAAGGCACAGGAUCUAGUGGUGGAAAAACUGUACGAAAGUACUGAGGAAGGACAAAAGGUAACAAGGAACAGUGGAGUCAAACUUGUGGCUGUAUUUCGGCGUAUCCAGGAUUCGUAUGGUCAGUAAAGUGGAUCGGUUUGUCCGAUCGGUUUUAAACUGGCUCCUGGCAAGACAGUAUCCUGGACAGAGGAGACUCUUUAGGAAGCUUUGCUUUUAAAAGUGCCAUCUUAAAUGUAAGCCAUUGCCUAAAGGAGCUAGGAAAAGGAAAGUCCACACAGAGGAUGUGCCUCUCAGCCUUGGAUAGAACGGGAUAUAUUCAAUCAUAGCCCUCGGUAUUUUGCCUAUUGUUGGCAACAAAUCCGCAUGACAGGGAUCAAAAUAAUUUUUCCGGUUUAGUUAUCAUGAAAAGGGGAGAGAAGGGUAAAAUCUUUUUCAUAAUGACUGUUCAACAAGGCCGGGUCCAAUAAGAAAUGGAAGCGGAGGACAACCCUGUCAAGCCAGUAUAGCAGUUUAUUAAAGAGUCGGACUUCGUGAUCUCUGCUCAGUAAAGGCCUCUUUUUGCACUUUCUUGAGGCUCCCUCUUUUUCAAAUUUAAAUUUAUUUUUGAAUUACAAUCUCCACUGUGGGCGAGACAAAUUUUUGCCUGUUUUUUGGAGACUAAAUACUUGUCGACGGAUUCACUUUUCUCCUGUGACGGUUAAAGCUCAAAUUUUAAGAAACGACCAAACCCUGAG